GGGUCCGUGCACGCGCACCGCGCGCGCACACACCGCGCACCCGGACUCGGCUGCGAGGAUGAACUCGUCAGCAGGUGCGGGCAACUACCGUCGGGCGUCCAUCGUCGGGGAAAAGCUCACUUCGCAUGCAGCGUGCGUGUGCAGCAGCAGCAGCAGCCUCAGCGCGUCCUUCACUGGCUUCACGAGUGACGACGACAACAUCGUGGACCCCAACACACGCGCACCUUUUUUCUUCUGAGUAUUGUCACGUGCGUUGCGCUUGCGGAAAAAUGGUCCAUGUGACCGCAAAGCGGGCGCGUCCGCCUCUGAGCCGCCGCUGGUGACACCGCGGACGUGGGACGGGAGGGGCGACGGCCAACGCGGUGUGCAUGCAGAGGAGGACGUGCAGCGCAUCGGACAAAGCGGAAGAGGACCGCCGUGCCGAUAUUUCGCACGUCGCUGCCGCUGCUGCAGGAGUCACGCGCCCUUCUCGCGCCGAGCGGACCGCGCGCGCGCGCCCGUGCCCGUACCAUGGCUUCCUUGUACCAGAGGUUCUCCGGCAAGAUCAACACCGCCAAUUCCUUCCCGCUGCGACCCGAGGCCAGCCGCCUGCUCGGCGCCCAGGCGGCGGACGAGGAGCGCAAGACGCCGCCGCCGCCGCCGGAUGCGAGACUGCCCGUCCGCUGCCACAGGAAACGCACCCGGGACGACGAGGACGACCUGGUGGGCAGCGCGCCGCCACAGAGGAACUGGAAAGGAAUCGCCAUCGCCCUGCUGGUCAUCCUCGUCAUCUGCUCCCUGAUCGUCACCUCCGUCAUCCUGCUGACCCCUCGCGAAGAUGACAGCCUGGCCCUCAAGAAGAAGGUCGGCCUGGACGACGUCUUCGGUCCGGACCUCCGCGUCCACGACCCCGAUGCCGUGUGGCUCAGCGGCAACGAGCUGCUGUAUCGCACGAGAGACGGCGACGUGGUCAAGCUUAACGUGGACACGGAGGAGAAACGCGUCGUCGUGCCAAACCAGAUGUUUGAAAGGUCCAAGGCCGCCAGGUACCAAGUCUCACCUGACCUGCAGCAAGUCCUCUUCGCCUUCGACUUGAAACUGAUCUAUCAGCACUCCUACGUGGCCAAGUACAUCAUUUACAGCCUUGUAACACAGGAAACUUGGCCCUUGAACCCUCCUGAAGUACACGAAGCUGUGCUGCAGUUUGCUGGGUGGGGACCCAAAGACCAGCAGAUGAUCUUCAUAUUUGAGAACAACAUCUACUACAGAGCAACAGUGGAGAGUCGCACCAUCCGCCUGGUGUCCACCGGAAAAGAGGGCGUGGUCUUCAACGGCCUGGCUGAUUGGCUCUAUGAAGAGGAGAUCCUGCAGAGCUACAAGGCUCACUGGUGGUCCCCCGACGGACUGCGUCUGGCCUACAUGACCAUCAACGACACGCUGGUGCCAAAGAUGGAAGUCCCGUUCUUCACCGGAACGCCGUACCCCAAUACUUUGGAGUACCACUACCCAAAGGCCGGGGAGGAAAACCCGCUGGUGCACCUGUCGGUGGCGAGCCUCAACGGUCCUCUGCACACCGUGGUCAUGAAGAAACCCGACGACCCCCGAAUCGGGAGGGAAUAUUACAUCACGAUGGUGAAAUGGGCCACCAGCACCAAACUGGCUGUCAACUGGCUGAACAGAGCGCAGAACAACUCCAUCUUGACGCUGUGCGAGGCUACGACGGGCGUCUGCAUCAAGAAACACGAAGACGAGAGCAGCAGCUGGUUGCACAGACAGAACGAAGCGCCGCUCUUUUCCCACGACGGGCACAAGUUCUUUUUCACCCGAGCGAUUCCUCAAGGCGGGCGAGGGAAGUUCUUCCACAUUUCGAUGUCCACCUCCACGCCGAACACGAGCGCAGACAUUCUCCAGUCGCUGACCUCGGGGGACUGGGACGUCACCGACAUCCUGGCCUACGAUCACCAGCGGAACCUCAUAUACUUCCUGAGCACGGAGGACGACCCCAAGCGGAGGCACUUGUACAGCACCGACACCAUUCCCCCGUUCAACCGCUGCUGCCUGUCCUGCCAGUUCAAGUGCGGCUACGUGGACGUGGCGUUCAGUCACGACAUGCGCUACUUCCUGCUCAGCUGCAAAGGGCCCGACGUCCCCAGCGUGGCCAUCUACAGGACGGAGGACAAACAGAAGCUGCUGGACGUGGAGACCAACAAGAGAGUCAACACGACCUACAACAACAUGCAGAUGCCCAAAGUGGAGUACCAGACCAUCACCAUCGACGACUACGCCCUCACCAUGCAGAUUCUGAAGCCGGCCGGGUUCGUAGGCACAGCCCAUUACCCCUUACUGCUGCUCGUCGACGGGACCCCCGGCGGGCAGACGGUGAGCGAGCGCUUCCGGGUGGACUGGGCCUCCGUCCUGGUGAGCAGCUUCGGCGCCGUCGUGGUCCGCUUCGACGGCCACGGCAGCGGCUUCCGGGGCACCAACCUCCUCCACAAAGUGCACAGGAGGUUGGGCAAGCUGGAGGAGAGGGACCAGCUGGAGGCGCUCAGGUUCGUAUCCAAAGAGGCUUACAUCGACAAGAAUCGCAUGGGAGUGUACGGAAAGGCUUACGGAGGAUAUCUGGCCACGCUGCUGCUGAGCUCGGAUGAGUUCACUCAGCUGAAAUGCGGAACCGCCGUCUCGCCCAUCACCGAUUUCGAGCUUUACGUGUCGGCGUUUUCCGAACGCUACCUGGGCUUGAAGACCGAUUCCAGAGUGUACACGAUGUCCAAUUUAGCUCACAGAGCCGGUCAGCUGGUCCAGAAGCAGUACUUGAUCAUCCACCCCACCGCAGACGAGAAAGUUCACUUUCAGCACACGGCCAAGUUUAUCAACCAUUUAAUCAGCAAGAAGGCCAAUUACACUCUUCAGAUCUACCCGGACGAGGGCCACUUCCUGCACAACGAGGACACCCAGAAGCACCUGAGCCGCGCGUUGGUCAACUUCUUCGGGGAGUGUUUCCGGUUACCCGAAGUGCCAAAGGACGAACAGCGGGACGAGGACGACAGCUAG